AUGAUUCAGUCAAAUUCAACAUUAUGUUUAAAAAAUUUCUACGGAGUAUUUAAUUCUUUAUUACGACAUGUUUCUACAACAGGAUCUGUUAGUAACGUCAACAAUCUUUUCAAUUUCAAUCAGUGGCGUAUUUUGCAGAUACCAUCUCGAAAUCGCAGAAGUGAAGAGGUGAAGAAAUUUUAUUCAGAAACCGGUGACUAUAACCCUCCAAAUCAAGAUGCUAUUGAUAGAUUUAAACGUCUUCGUUGGGGUGCAUAUAUUCAUGCACGAACUGGUCGAGCUAAACAUUUAUAUAGACGAAGUGAAUCUGAAUUAGAUCGACGUUCCGAGCACAUUUUGACCAAUCGUGCAACAACUUUUUUAAUAAAUAAUUUGCUAAAUAGACAAUGGCGAACACCAAAAUAUUAUCCAAAUGAUAUUUAUGAACCAUAUCAUCAAAGAACCGGGGUCCCUUGGGAUUAUAGAUUACGGAAACCCAAAUUCUUCCCUUGA